UCCCCCUACUCUUCAGUGGCGCGUUCCGAUACAACUCCCCUCUCCUUCCCCUCCCCUCCGCACCAUAUCUACGCGUCACGCCGUCUUUCCCACUUUUUCAACAUGAGCAAAAUGGCCCAACGAAACACCGACGAUGUUCCUUUCGGGCACCGCUUCAUGCGUACAACCGAUCGUGUCGACACGCCUGAAGGUCGCGUCGAUGCUUUGGCGACGAUGUCUUUAAUGCAGAUGCUUGCCGACGCGUACGAAGACGCCCAAGUCAUUUGGGAAAGGAAUAAAGAGCAAGGGGGACAGGAAGACGACGAUCCUGGAUCGUACGGCCCCAACGAAGCACAAAAGGUUGUUGAGGAUUUUCUCGUAUGGGCUCACUUCAUGCCCCGCCAAGAGCGUCAUUUUCAUCCAAAAAAGGUCGAAACAACAGUUCAACCACUACCACAACCACCUCGACGAAAAACUGUUUCCACCCCUUCACAACGUUUGCGCCAUUACCUUGGUGUUAUCGGCCUAUCAGCUCGAAAACGGAAGCGCUCAAACCCAUGCACACAUGACGCCGAUGGCACAGCGUCACCGCCAACUCUCUCAAAAUUCUGGAAGCGCUUACGCACAAGUUCGGUCACGUCAAAGAAAAGCUGCAAAAUAAGGUCGCCUACUUGUACCCCUAUUGUACCGGAAGUUGCAUCUGAUUCAAAAAUUCCGUCGGGAGAGGUGGUCGUAGCUCCG